CCAGAAGCCAUGCUGCUGUGGCUGACCCUCACCCUCCUGUGGAGCCCCACCUGCUGGUCAGGGUAAACAUACGGGCCCGGAGGAAGAUGGCAUUUCAGUACCUUUAAAGACUAUGAAAAUGAAAUCACUGGGAUUCAAGUGUUUAUAGGUGCUAUCGGCAUAUUUAAGAGUAUCCAGGUGAGGUUUGGAUCCUCCUGGAAUGAAAAAUAUGGAGUCUCAGGUGGGAAGCCCCAGGAAUGCCUCCCACUGCCAGGUUAACACAUUAUAAAAGUUCCUACAAGCUUUUCCUCCAGCACCUGGUCAUACACACUGACUUUGAGCGCUGGAGAGGAAGCACUCUCCACAUUUGGAGAGGAAGGUGGCAGGACCUUUAUUGACUCCCUGGGUAACAGUAAGGAAGUGCUCACUGGACUCUUUGGGAAUUAUGGGCUCCUGGGCAUUUCCAGUAUCGGCUUUGAGUGGGGUUAUCCUCCAGUAGCCUUGAACUCUGUUCCACCAAAUAGCACCACAACCUAA